AUGACUCGUCGAUGUUCUCACUGCAAUCACAAUGGUCACAACUCUCGGACAUGUCCGAAUCGUGGUGUGAAGCUUUUUGGCGUUAGGCUCACCGAAGGUUCGAUCCGGAAAAGUGCUAGUAUGGGUAAUCUUAGCCAUUAUACUGGUUCUGGAUCGGGUGGGCAUUUAGGAACCGGGUCGAAUACUCCGGGUUCUCCGGGUGAUGUCCCUGACCAUGUCGCCGGUGAUGGUUACGCUUCUGAGGAUUUCGUUGCGGGUUCUUCCUCUAGCCGCGAGAGAAAGAAAGGAACUCCAUGGACAGAGGAGGAACACAGAAUGUUUUUGUUAGGUUUACAGAAGCUUGGAAAAGGCGAUUGGAGAGGUAUCUCUAGAAACUAUGUGACUACAAGGACACCAACACAAGUUGCUAGUCAUGCUCAGAAGUACUUCAUUAGACAAUCCAAUGUGUCUCGUCGCAAAAGACGUUCUAGUCUCUUUGAUAUGGUUCCUGAUGAGGUCGGAGAUAUUCCGAUGGAUUUGGAAGAACCAGAAGCAGAGAACAUUCCUGUGGAAAAAGAAAUGCAAAGCGCUGACUCUGUUCAUCAGACCCUUGCUCAUGGCUCACUUCAAGCACCGUCGAUCUUGGAAAUCGAAGAAUGUGAAUCCAUGGACUCCACAAACUCUACUACUGGGGAACCAACCGCAACCGCUGCUGCUUCUUCUUCUUCCGUACUAGAACAAACUGCCCAACUGCAAUCACAACCGCAACCGCAACUACCUGGCUCAUACCCAAUACUAUAUCCGGCCUACUUCUCACCAUAUUACCCGUUUCCAUUCCCUAUAUGGCCUGCUGGUUAUGCUCCUGAACCAACGAAGAAAGAGGAAACUCAUGAGAUUCUCAGACCAACGGCUGUGCACUCGAAAGCUCCUAUCAAUGUUGACGAGCUUCUCGGUAUGUCUAAGCUCAGCCUUGCAGAGUCCAACAAGAAUGGAGAAUCCGAUCAGUCUCUUUCGCUGAAGCUCGGUGGAGGUUUGUCAUCAAGACAAUCAGCAUUCCACCCAAACCCUAGCUCUGAUAGUUCAGAUGCCAACAGCGUGAUACAAGCGGUCUAA